AUGACCGCUAAUAUAAAACUUAUAACAGGCUGGGCUUCUUGUCAAAUUGGAUAUUCCACGACCAACGGUAGCUGUCUUGAACCUGGAGGCAGAGACGACUGGGGAACCUUCUUCCGCUUCUACCGCCGGAACGCCACGAUCACCUUCUCUCGUUCAGACUUCGACAUCCUCGAUGUUGACGACAUGUCCGACCCACAGCCUCAGAACAUAACGUCAGCCACGCUCUUUACUGCUCUAGACGCCAUACUGUACCGCCCAGAUCGAGCCGAUGAUGCGCUGAAGUUUUACGACAUCAGAUCCGCGGAAUAUCUCUUGACACAAACCAUUGGAGUUCAGCUGUGGUACUCUCUGCAUAACAACACGUCUGGACUCAAGAUUGGCCGAGACUGGUUGAGGAAUCUCGUCACGCUGCCAGUGUACGUAUUUCAGCCCACAUACUUAGAGCUUGUGCCAUACCUUCAACCACUUCCAGCAGACAAUGGCACGGAGCCGCAACCCAAUCUACCAGCGGAGAAUUAUGUUGAGGGAUCUUACUGCAUUAUGAACAAGCGUUCUAUCCCCGGUCGCGGGACUGUGUACGCGUAUACGGCUGUUGCGGGACUAUUAUUGGCCGUCGUCAUCAUUGCGAAAACGAGAGCACUGCGGUGGAACGACACGGCCACGAGUGACUUCGCGGUACUUGACUAUCACGUUUUGACGAAGGUCGUGGACGCUAAAGGGGACGAAAUCUCCUUGAGGGAGGAAUUGCGCAGUGCGGGUAGAGAUUAUGGUACGAGUGCACUCCUAGACAAAAUAUCCGACUUACGUGUCGGAUUGAGGUGA